AUGUCACUCACAACAGCUGUAGCUACUGCAGCAGCGGGGCUCGCUGCCGCCGCCUAUCUUGAUGGCAAGUAUUUAAUUCGCCAUGAUCUCAAGGCUGCAUCGCUGCCAAAACCAAAGGAUGCAAUUGCCUUUCUCACGGAGAGAUGGACCAGCGGUAAGACACUCUUGUACCAUGUCUUCAAGGAACAUGCCGAGGGUCCCAAUGCGGAUAGUUUGUUCUUGAUCUUUGAAGAUCGAUCAUUCACCUACAAACAAUUCUUUGACGGCAUUCAUCGAGUGGGCAAUUGGCUGAUGAAUGAUCUCGGCGUCAAACCGGAGGAGAUUGUUGCAAUCGACGGUGGCAACAGCCCAGAGUAUCUCCUCCUCUGGUUCGGUCUCGAGUCGAUCAGGUCUGCUCCAGCAUUCAUCAAUUGUAAUUUGACUGCCGGUCCCCUCACACAUAGUGUCAAGCUUAGCAAUGCACGGUACAUCCUUGCAGACCGAAGCAUUCAAGAUCUGGUGUCACCAUGUGAGGCAGACCUCGAAGCUGCAAAUGUGAAGACAAUCUACUACGAUGAACAUUUCAUCGCGGCACUCUCAGACACCACUCCGAUACCUCCAGCUCGCAUUCAAGGUGUACGUCCCGAUGAACUCGGAGGUCUGAUCUACACCUCCGGCACGACUGGAAUGCCCAAGGGAGUCAUCAUGGUACGAGGCAGAGAACUCACCACAGCGUGGGGCGUAUCAACCUAUCUGGGAUUGAAGCCAGGCAACAGAAUGUACUCCGCCCUCCCAUUAUACCACGGAGCAGGCCACGGCCUAUGCGUGACACCGUCCAUCUGGGCCGGUUCAGCAGUCGUCCUGUCCCGCAAAUUCAGCCACAAGACCUUCUGGCCUGAAGUGCGCAGCUCUCGCGCAGACAUCCUGCAAUACGUCGGAGAGCUGUGUCGAUAUCUCGUCAAUGCACCACCGUCCCCGGACGACAAGAACCACAACGUCAAAGUCGCAUGGGGCAACGGGAUGCGGCCGGACGUCUGGGAAGUCUUCCGCAGCCGGUUCGGCAUUGAGACCAUUAACGAGCUCUACGCGGCGACGGACGGGCUCGGGUCGAGCUUCAACGCCAACCGCGGCGACUUCGGACGCAACGCCAUCGCGGUGCGCGGCCUGCUCUGGCGGCUCUUCAACAACAAGAUCGAAAAGCGCGUGCGCAUGGACACGGACACGCAGGAAAUCCUACGCGACGCCAACGGCUUCGCCAUCGAGUGCGCCACCGACGAGCCCGGCGAGGUGCUGCACUGCAUCCCGGAGCCGGAGAACGCCGAGAUGAUGUUCCGCGGGUACUACAACAACAAGGAGGCCGGGUCGAAGCGGUUCAUCCGCUCCGUCUUCGCCAAGGACGACAUGUGGUUCCGGUCGGGCGACAUGAUGCGGCAGGACGGCGACGGCCGCGUGUAUUUCGUGGACCGCCUGGGCGACACGUUCCGGUGGCGCAGCGAGAACGUCUCGACCAACGAGGUCUCGGACGUCGUCGGCGACUUCGCCCAGAUCGCCGAGGCAAACGUCUACGGUGUGCAGGUGCCCCAUGCCGACGGGCGCGCCGGCUGUGCCGCCGUCGUGCCUGUCCCCGGCGUCACGGCCGAGACGCUCGAUCUGGCUGGUCUGGCCGAACAUGCCAUCUCGACCCUGCCCAGAUAUGCGGUGCCCAUCUUCAUCCGUGUCGUGCCCGCGCUCGAGUACACGGGCACCAUGAAGAUGCAGAAAGGUCGGCUGCGGAGCGAGGGCAUCGAUGUCGCCAAGAUCAAGGACUCGAGUCCCGAAGACCGUGUGUUUUGGCUCCCGCCUGGCGCCAAGAAAUACGUUCCCUACGGGCCGGAGGAGUGGGAGGAUGUCAAGGCUGGACGGGUGAAGCUGUGA